AUGUGUAAGAAACAACCGGAAGGAAACCAACAAGGGGAGGAGAAACACUGGAUGCAAGUUAUUCCUGGACCGAAUCUAGAUGGAACGUGGUCAUGCAUUGGCGAAUUCGUUCGUCCAGAGAACCCAAAUGAUAUUGGUCAAUACAUUGAGUUUCUUUCACCGGGUCCUGAUGAAUUUCAUUUCCCGAGUCCUGAAGCUUUCCUCAAAGCAUGCCGUGAAGGAAAAGUGAAAGGCCAUGGACCAGAUGGAAAUUCUAUUCCCAACUCUGAGAGACACUUUGAACAUCGGGAGGGGACUCAAUCAAAGGAGGAGAAACACUGGAUGCAAGUUAUUCCGGGACCGAAUCUAGAUGGAACGUGGUCAUGCAUUGGCGAAUUCGUUCGUCCAGAGAACCCAAAUGAUAUUGGUCAAUACAUUGAGUUUCUUUCACCGGGUCCUGAUGAAUUUCAUUUCCCGAGUCCUGAAGCUUUCCUCAAAGCAUGCCGUGAAGGAAAAGUGAAAGGCCAUGGGCCAGGUGGAAAAACCUUGGAUCCCGUUCGUCCUCAAAUCUCUAGAAACUCAAUGUUUGAAUCCGACGAAGAAGAAGAGCGUCUACCAUCACACCGAGUUUCGAAACUUAGAAUGAAGAAGAGAAGAAACAACGGAGAAUGUGGACCAAAGCGCAACUACCGUAGGAAAGAUCAAGACGAUAAAGAUCGCGAUGAAAACAGUCAAAACUACCAGCAUUCGUACUGCACUGGCUCCGCUGUGAGACGUAUGAUCAACACCUAA